GCGGAGCUGACCGAUGGAAUCGCAGCCCUCGUGGCAGCCAAUGACAGGAUCCAAUCCUACGUGGCAGAACUCCAAGGCAGGUGCAGGAAUAUUGAGGCGAAUUGCAAAGCUCAGAAGCAGGCGCUGUGUGAGAAGUUUGACCGCAUGGGGGCUAUUUUGGAAGAGCGGAGGAAGAUCAUGCUUCAAAGGAUCAUGUAUGAACAGGAGAGCAAGAGCCAACAUCUGAAUGGGCUGAGCAAAGUAUGCAGUGACCACAUCGAAUCGUCUUCCAAACUGGUGGACACAGCCCUGCAAUCCAUGGAAGAGCCUCAGAUGUCCGUUUUUGUCCAGAAUGCCAAAGUUCUCAUCCGAAAGGUUGUGGAGAUGAGCCACAGCUGCCAGCCAGAAGUCCUGGAAUCGGGAUACGACAACAUGGAACACUACACGGUGGAUUUCAACGCGGAGGAACGAAUCCUCUAUCAACUGGAUUUCAUUAAAGUGGAAGACCCCGAAAUGGCGGCUGAAGAAGAAGGGGCCAGUGGGGAAUCAGAAGACACUUCAGGAGAGGCUGAACCUGGAGGUAGUGAGAAGGAAGAGGACUUCAAAGACCCUUUUGCCCUCAGAAAGGAAGACCCAUGGCAAGGAAGAUCUCACCUGGCCAACGGGGUAAGGAAGGGGGUUGCCGUUGGGGCAGGAGUUUCAACUCCAGAGCUCACUCAAUCUCUAGCUGAAACUAGCCAGGAAACCAAUCGAGGGGCCACCCAGCAGGUAAGAUCCAGACCCUGAUCUCCUAAUCCAGAAAUCCCACUCAAAAAGCUGGAAGCCACCUCUUCCAACUCCACUCCUCCCUCUUGGUUC